AUAAAAAGGCGCUUGAAGCAAACGAAGUAGAUGUAGAUAUGAAGAAGAAUAAGAUGGAGGAGAUGGAGAUAGAGGAUUCUGAGGCAGUGGUUAAUCGUGGCCAAUGGGGUAGCCAUAUUGAGUUUCUUCUAUCGUGUAUCGGAUAUGCAGUUGGACUCGGAAACGUCUGGCGGUUUCCUUACUUGUGUUAUGCAAACGGUGGAGGUGCCUUUUUGAUCCCGUACUUGAUUAUGUUGAUUUGUGCUGGUUUGCCACUGUUCUUUAUGGAGAUGGCAUUUGGACAGUUCGCUAGUCUUGGAACAAUUUCUGCCUGGAGUAUAAGCCCUCUAUUCCGAGGUGUUGGCAUCGGCAUGAUAGUUGUCUCAGGUCUGGUCGGUAUCUAUUACAACGUCAUCAUUGCGUGGACAAUAUAUUACAUGAUCCAGUCUUGUACCACCGGGGACCUUCCCUGGGUCGGGUGCAACAACACAUGGAACACACCCGAUUGCUACCCCGCCGGUCAGAACAUUUCAGGGCUGGAGGGUAACUACAUCCGCGCUAGUGAUGAGUAUUGGCAUCACUAUGUACAUAAUAUAACCAGUGGUAUAGACGAAGUCGGCGGCUUGAAAUGGGAUCUUGUCGGAUGCUUAUUUGCGUCAUGGGUCGUCAUCUUCCUCUGCCUUCUGAAGGGUGUCAAAUCAUCCGGCAAGGUUGUGUACUUUACCGCUACCUUUCCUUACAUCAUCCUGACGGUGUUGUUCUUCCGUGGGGUUACCCUCGAUGGAGCCGGAGACGGAAUCGAAUUCUACAUUGUUCCAGAUGUUGACAUAUUGGCCACUUCAAAGCCAUGGAAGGACGCGGCUAUACAAAUCUUUUAUUCGCUCGGAGUGUCUUUUGGGGGCCUGAUGACGAUGGCUAGCUUUAACAACUUCAACAAUAACUGCUUUAGGGAUGCUUUGGUGGUUGCAUUUACUAACUGUGGAACUAGUGUGUUUGCUGGUUUUGUUAUAUUUUCUGUGCUUGGGUUUAUGUCGAAAACCAGUGGAAUUCCUAUCGAAGAUGUUGUAGCUGAUGGUCCUGGUCUUGCGUUUAUUGUGUAUCCUGAAGCACUGUCGUUGCUACCGGGUUCACAAGUUUGGGCAUUCUUGUUUUUCUUCAUGCUGUUUACUCUCGGACUCGACAGUGAGUUUGCUAUGAUGGAGACGGUUAUUUCCGCCAUUUACGAUAUACUACCACAAGAAAGGCGUAAAUUUAAGCCUCUUCUAACGUUUGUAUGUUGUAUUAUUGGGUUUGUUCUCGGCCUACCGUGCGUCACAAGGGGCGGAUUGUACGUGUUCCAGCUAAUGGACUGGUAUUCGGCUGGAUUCUCACUAAUGGUCAUCGCUAUCGUGUUCUGCUGUGUUAUCAGCUACCAAUACGGUACUAACCGUUUCUUGGACGACAUUGAAGCGAUGGUGGGAUUCAGACCUCGAAUCUACUGGAAGGCGUGUUGGAUGGUAGUCACCCCGGUUCUCCUCGUUGCCAUUAUUGUGUUCACGUUUGUAUAUUAUACCCCUGUGACGUACAAUGACUACAAGUAUCCUGCUUGGGCAGAGGUUGUCGGAUGGAUUCUCAGCUGCACUUCAUUUGUCGUCAUCCCUAUCUACGCAGUGUUUGCUAUUUCCCGAGAGGAGGGUCCGAUCUUAGACAGAAUAAAAUUACUGCUGAAGCCGACAGACGAUUGGGGACCAGCGCUUAACGUGAACCGUAUAAAAGCUGGAUACCAGCCGAUCGGAGCAGGAUUGGAGAGUGUUAGCGAGAAAGUUAAUCCUCGUUAUAAUGUCAACGAAGGUUUCAUGGCGUAAAUAACUGGACAAUGAGAUUCAGUUUGGUGACCAUGUUUAUUCAAUUUUGUUCACAUCACCUUGAUUUCCUAGCGUGUCUUGAAUUACCUAAUUAAUUUUGUAUUGUUAAUGACACAAAACUACGUCGAGCUUGCUUCACACAUGGAGGAAUUGAUUUCUACGCGUUGUGCGCUUCAACGCGUAUAAAUUUAUCUGUGUAAACCAAGCCUUACGAACCAAUUAGAUGUAUAUGAUUGACCAGAAAUAUAUUUGUAUAUUAGAAAAGUUGGUUUAUAUAGUAUUAUUAUAACAGAUAGGUAUAUGUCCCAAGACAAUAUAUUAUAUUAUAGCUACCAAAACAGUUAAAACGCAUGGUACACGGAAUGACUAAAAUAAAUUUAUAUUCAUUAUAGAUGUAUUUUAUAAACAGGCGUACUUUAUACACUUUUAUAAAAGAAACUUAACAUAGUCCUAUUUAUAUGUAUCGGAAUGUGGUGUACUGUAUAUUUUUGAAUGAAAUACAGCAGAUCAUGGGGAAAAAAAUUACUAAAUACACGGAUGAAUUAAUGACA